AUGAGAAACAGCACAAUAACAUUUAUCCUUCUGGGACUGACUGAUGACCCACAACUGAAGGUUGUGAUUUUCAUCUUUCUAUUUAUCACCUAUGUGUUGAGUGUAACUGGAAACCUGACAAUCAUCUUCCUCACCUUCAUCAAUUCUCAUCUUAAAACUGCCAUGUAUUUUUUCCUAAAAAAUUUCUCCUUCUUAGAAAUCUCAUUUACGUCUGCUUGUAUUCCCAGAUACUUGUACAAUAUAUCAACAGGUGAUAAAACAAUUACAUAUGACAAUUGUUUCAUUCAAAUUUUUUUUACUGACCUCUUUGCUGUCACAGAAUUUUUCCUCCUGGCCACCAUGUCCUAUGACCGAUAUGUAGCCAUCUGCAAGCCCCUACAUUACACAACCAUCAUGAGCAGCAAGGUCUGUAGAAGACUCAUCCUUUGUUGCUGGACAGCUGCCUUGUUGAUCAUACUCCCACCACUGAGCCUGGGCCUAAAUCUGGAAUUCUGUGACUCUAAUGUCAUUGACCAUUUUGCCUGUGAUGCAUCCCCUCUGCUAAAGAUCUCGUGCUCUGAAACGUGGCUUGUAGAGCAGGUAGUCACAGUUUGUGCUGUGGUCAUCUUUAUCAUGACUCUUGUAUGUGUUAUUCUGUCCUAUGCAUAUAUCAUCAGGACCAUUCUACGCUUCCCUUCCGUCCAGCAAAAGAAAAAGGCAUUUUCCACCUGCUCUUCCCACAUGAUUGUGGUUUCCAUCACUUACGGAAGCUGCAUUUUCAUGUACGUCAAACCUUCAGCAAAGAAUUCAGUGGCCAUUAAUAAGGGUGUAGCAGUACUCAUGACUUCCAUCGCCCCUAUGCUGAACCCCUUCAUUUACACCCUGAGGAACAAGCAAGUAAAACAAGCCUUCAAUAACUCUAUCAAAAGAAUUGCAUUGUUCUUAAAGAAGUAA